AGCAACCAGAUCCAGUGGGAGGUGUCCCUGCCCAUGGCAGGAGGUGGAACUGGACGUGCUUUGAGGUCCCUUCCAGCCCAAACCAUUCCAUGAUUCUAUGAAACAGGCUGGGAGAAGGAGGAGGAGGAGAGAGCUGGGGGCUGCUCUCCAUCCCCAGGAACCAAAGAAGAGGGGUCAUCGCCGUGCCCGGGGUGCUGCCCUCCCCUGCCCGCCCGGCUCCAUUCGCUGACGCCUCCGGAGCAGCCCCCCCCCCCCCCCGCCCAGCUUUUGGCGGGAGCGCGCGCUGCUGCGCCUGAGGGGGAGCACCGCGUAACCUGGAAGGGUCCCUCAUUCCCUCCGAUCCCACUGAAUCCCCUCGGUGCCCGACAGGAUCCUCUCUCAGCCCUUCGGUUCCCAGCAGGAUCCCCUCGGAGCCUGUCUGGGUCCCCUCGUCCCCUCCAGGGUCCCCCAAGUCCCCUCAUCCCCUCAGAUCCCACUGAAUUUCCUCAUCCUCUCAGUGCCUGACAGGAUCCUCUCAUCCCUUCGAUUCCGAGCAGGAUCCCUUCAGAGUCCGGCUGGGUCCCUCAUCCCCUCAGGGCUCUCCAAGUCCCCUCAUCCCCUCAGAGCGUGACUGGCUCCCACCUGUUCCCUCAGUGCCUGUCAGGAUCUCCCUUCCCACCAGGGUCACACUGAAUCCUCCUGUUCCCUCAGAUCCCACUAAAUUGCCUCAUCCCCUCAGGAUUCCACUGAAUACGUGUGUCCUCUCGGAUCCCACUAAAUCCCCUCAAACCCUCAGCACCCAGCUGGGUCCCCUCAUUCUCUCAGAUCCCACUGAAUCCUCUCAUCCUCUCAGCACCUGGCUGCAUCCCACCCAUUCUCUCAGUACUUGGCAGGACCUCCUUAUUCCCCACAGAUCCCACUAAAUCCUCUCAUUGCUUCUAGUGCCCAGCAGGAUUCCCUCAUCCCCUUGAAUCUUGCUAGAUCCCUUCAACCCCUCAGCACCCGGCUGGAUCCCCUCAUCCCUUAGGUGCCUGGCAGGAUCUCACCCUUCCCCUCAGGGUCCAACCAAAUCCCCUCCAUCACCUCAGAUCCCGCUAAAUCUCCCAUCCCCUCAGUGCCUGACAGGAUCCUCUCAUCCCCUUAGUGCCUGUCUGGGUCCCCUCAUCCUCUCAGAUCCCACUAAAUCCCCCUAUCACCUCAGAGCCUGGCUGGAUCCCCUCAUCCCCUCAGGUCCCACUGAAUUCCUCUUCCCCCUUGGUGCACUAGGACUGCUGUCCUGGGAAGAUCCAGGGAGGUGGGCACCAUGUUCUACAUGCAUUUUCUUGUCAAUAAGCGCGGGCCGUUGGCCAAGAUAUGGCUCGCUGCCCACUGGGAGAAGAAGCUCACCAAGGCUCAUAUAUUUGAGUGCAAUUUAGAAGCUACAGUUGAAAAGAUCAUCUCGCCAAAGUUUACGAUAGCUCUGCGCACGUCUGGACACCUGCUCCUCGGAGUGGUGCGGAUUUACCACAGGAAAGCAAAGUACCUCCUCGCAGACUGCAGUGAAGCUUUGACAAAAAUGAAGACAGCCUUUCGCCCAGGACUUGUUGACCUCCCAGCAGAGAACUUUGAGGCGGCUUACCAGUCCAUUACAUUGCCUGAAGAAUUUCAUGAUUUUUCAACACCACUACCUAAUUUAAAUGCCAUAGAUGUUGCUGAACAUUUUACCUUGAAUCAGAGCAGAGCUGAAGACAUCACACUUACAGAGGAUUAUGAAAGCAAUAUACUUCUCUGUGAUAGAAACUUUGAUGAAGAACCAGACACCCUAAGAAAACAGAGCUUCUUUGAUGGCAGCAUCUUCACAAGCAGCAACAGCCUUGUGGCUGAUCACAACUCUACCAGCAUGAGUGGAGACAAGGUUACACCGUACGGUGAUGCUUGCUAUCUGGAGUAUGACUGCUUUGGCGAUGAAGAGGAUGCUGCAGACAUGAUUGAAAUCCUGUUGAGGGAUGAGCAGAAUGGCCUGGAUAAAGACAUUCUCGACAUGGAGGAAGAACGUCCUUUGUCACGAGAUCUGCCACAGGACAGCACAGCCAUUGAGUCCAGCGGUGCAGAUGCCACCCUUCAAGUCAGUCACCUAAUGAGUGAAACGACUCUUCUCUUGAAAGAAGAUGAAGGAUUUGUGCUUGAUCCAGUGGAUGAUACAGCUAUCACCCAGAGGAAAAAGAAUAAAAGAAAGAGGAAGCUGCUUGUGGAUGUGGAGAAGGAGCUCAGCUGCAGCACUAUAUACAACCAGCUGAACAACUGCACGGACAUCCUUGCCACGUUAGACCUUGCACCCCCAACAAAAAAAACAAUGAUGUGGAAGGAAUGGGGAGGUGUGGACAACCUCCUGUCCCAUGCUGCCCAGGUGGUGGUCCACACUGAGCUGCAAAAGUUGUUUGCGAAAUGCUUCAAGAGUCAGAAAUUCAAGAUGAGAAGAAAUGGAAUUCAGAGGGAUUCUGAAAUUGAGGGAACAAGGAAGGAGCAGGAAACCACAGAGAUGCUGACAGUAGAAGAGCCAAGUUCAGUUCAUUUGGAGAAUGAGAGAAAAGCUGGAAAUGAUUCGUUUAUGUUGACAUCACGGGAUAACAGAAACAGAACUGAGGAUAACUGUGGUGAAACUGUACAGGACGGAAGGGCUGUCUCAGAGAACUCCUCGCUGGUGAACAGUUUGCUGGGCCAUGAAGCCGGAAUGCAGCGAGCAGAGUUAACAGAUGACCUAAGAAGGAAUGGGAAAGACAGUGAAGAAAUGAGGUGGAGCAGAAGAACUCUUCAGUUAUUAAAAACUUUACAGCACCUGAAGGAAUCAGGCAUGCGGUCUUUCAGUCUUCAGGAGCUCUGUCAGCAAAACAACCGGAAAGAAGCUGCAGCCAAGUUCUACAUCUUCCUUGUUCUGAAGAAGCAGUCAGUUAUCGAGCUUGCUCAGCGCGCUCCCUUUGCCAACAUCACAGCCACUGUUGGCCCCAGGUUCAACAUUCCCUGAAGUGGCGUGGUGUUCAGAUCAGCUGCAAAACACUGAUCUUAUCCUACAUUUUUCAGCCAGUGUUGUUCCUGAACUAUGGCUGGAAAUCCCAUCAAACCAUGGCGAUGGAGCAGAGCAUGCUUUUGAUUGAUUUUCCCAGAGCCGCUGGCUUGUGCAGGUGGGCUGUGUCCGUGUCAGUUCCCAGGGCACUCCCUGGCACGUUCCUUUCUGAUGUCAAUGUUUCUAUAAUGAAUGGUUACCUAUUCUGUUAAUAAAAUACCACUAAAAUGCGUAUUCUACAGCAGGGAUUUAUAUCGGGAGGGAUUUUAUGGAAGCCCUUAAAAACCUUCCUUGGAGACCAGCUGUGGAGGUUAAAUUGUUUUUAAUGGGGUUUGUGUGUGUUAAUUACCCAACGCCAGCAGCAUGAGAAGUGUGUUAAGCUCUUGCCAUCAUCAUCAAAUAAUUCCAUCUAUUUGAAAUGAUUCCUUUCAAAGAAUGGUCAGGUUUUGAUAUUUAAGGUCCGGAGAGCUCCUGGCUCCAGUGUUGGUUUUGCGUAUUCAGGCAGAGAGAAGUUAUGCUGUCCUGGGAAGAGGCAUGUACGCUGCAGGAAGAAAUACUGUUGUCUGAAAAUCCCAGAGGUUUAGACCUUGUGGAGCAUGUUUAAGUAAAGGCUAAUACUAGUAUUUAUGUGUGGGCCUAUUUAAAACUGGGUGUUAAACCAAAACAUUACUGAUUCUUUGCAUUUUUAUCAAGUUUAGGGUGUUUGUGCUCAUACUGUCAUUUUGGGAGGCUGGUGGUUUCAGUUCUGUCAGCCCUUUGCUGUGGGGAGUGGAUUCAUGUGUUCCGUGCUCCAGAGUGUGAUAGCACUGUGGGAAUGUCUGCCUCUUAAUACAAAAGCAAU